UUAAAUAAGGAAACAUGUGGGUACUUAAAUAAACACAUUGCUUAUCUCUUUAUUCUCGUAGAUAUGCCCGGAACAAAAUAGACAAAACUAAUCUUAAACCUGCAAUUUUACAGCAUGGGGAAAUACCUUUCUCUUGGACUUCUUCUCCUCAGCAUUGUGAGCAUGAUUCCAGAAGCUCGCAAUAAAGAAUCUAAAUGUAAAAUUCGAACUGAAAAGGAAGGAAUUAUCAUCGAUUGUUCUCGAUUGCAGUUAGAGAAUAUACCGAACAUAUGUGACCAUGAAAAUACUACAUCGAACCUUAAUGUGACAACGAGUGAAACUGUUUCUCCAGAAAAAAUAGUCAAACUUGAUUUAUCCCAUAAUGUGAUUCGUUCAACAGGAAAUAAUAGUUUCUACUGCCUAGUUAAUUUGCAGGAAUUGAAUCUUGAAGGUAAUAAAAUUGAACUUAAUCUUGAUAACUAUUACCCAGGUCUGUUUUUGCCUCUUGUAUCACUAGUUUGUUUAAACCUGAAGAAUAAUUCUCAGAACGGAACUGUUAAUGAUACAGUUUUCGUCGAGUUAAUAAAUCUACAAAAUCUUCAAAUUGACGCACCGAAAGGGAUUGUCUUUGGUAAGCGGUUUUCUAAUCUGAAAUCACUUGAAACAUUGAAUGUAUCCGGGAAAACUGGACAUUGUGAUUUAAAUCAAAUAGGACAUGAGACUUUUGAAAAUCUUCAACACAUACGCGUCUUGGAUCUCUCUGCAUGCAACAUCAAAUACGUAGAGAGUGGAUCAUUUGGCAUGAUGGACAAUUUGACGUUCCUUUCUUUGUCUUUCAAUAAAGAACUUGGUUUCCAGAGUCUACAAAAUGUGACAAAUGGUCUACAGGAUACCAACAUCAAAUUCCUUCAUUUAGAAAACAUCCGUUGUCUCGUGGGACCAGGCACAGAGCUGUGUGUUCCUCACUUGGCACCUCUAGCCAACACAUCUCUCAAAGAACUGAAUUUGGCGGGAAACCGACUGAAUUGGAUGGAGAAAAGUGUGCUCUCAAACCUCCCCAAAAGUCUCGAGAGAAUGUCCCUUGCCCACAACAGACUGUCGCUAGGCUGGUAUAGUUUCGAGUAUCGUCUGCUCAAAAAUUUGACAGUGUUCAAUAUAAGUUUUCAGUUAAACCCACCGAGCAUUGUGGACAAACUUACGGAAAGCUGUAACGAAAACCCGGAUUUUUACAGGUGUUCUGCUGCUUACUUUCCAAUGUUAAAUGCAUCGGAACAGCUGGACCAGUCUUUGCUGCAAGAUAAACGUAACGACAAGACUAUCAAAAAGAGACCCAAACCCACAAUUACAUUCUAUAUUCCACCGAAGCUUGAAACAGUGUACUGGACAUCGAGUCGUUUGUUUGGAACGCUCGGGUCUUUUGGGUUUUACCCAUCUUCCUUGAAACGUAUUUACAUGCAGAACAACAUUUGGUUCAACUGGAUUGGACCAGUUCAUGGAUUUGAAAAUGUCACAGAUAUUGACUUAUCUAGGAACUUUUGUGACAAUAUUUCCACAGAGUUUCUGUCAAAUUUUAUCAGUCUCAAAACAUUAAACAUCUCUGAAAACUUUCUUGGCAGAAGCCUGUCCCUGGAUUACUUAGGAAAGACGUUUAGAAAUUUAAAAAGUUUAGAAACGAUUGAUCUUUCCUUCAAUGUCAUCGAAUUUCUUCACCGCAACAUGUUUUUGAACUCUUCAAAACUUCAGCGUUUGGCCGUAGACAAUAAUAAGUUAUUUUAA